GCGAGGGAGGACGUGGCUCCUGUGCCACUUGUCAGUAACGCGCACGUGGCGAUUUGUAGACAUGCCCGGCCGAAGGUGACAGCCGGCUAAUAUUUCAAUUUCUUGCGGUUAUUCGAAAAACGCGUUGUAAUUAAGAAUCGUGUUUAUGUUAACUACAUCCGUGAAAGUAAUUAUCGGGUCGUGAGUGAAUAAAAAGUUAAUUUAUCUUGUUGGUGCAACUCUAAUGAGAGUUAAAUAAAUGAUAUUUUGUGUUAAAAAUUAUCGAAGACGCUACACGCAUAUGCAAUCAAAAUGGACUUUUGCAAGCAGUAUAAAUUUCUACACAUCCUGCCUGUAAAACGAAUCGUUUGGUUCUGGCGAGCCGAAAACGGCACAAUAUUCCAAGUGCCGCGAAAUGAUUUGCAAUCAGGAACCGACUGUCUCAUCGAAUUCAUGAACGUCUUCGUCGCUAUUUUUACGACACUCGUUGCUGCGAUUUUAAUUUUCAAGUACAAAUGCAGCGCGGUCAGAAAGCCUUCUAAAUCGCUCUUGCCGCUUCACACAAGCAGAACUUUACUUUGUAUGUUACUACUGUCAACUCUGUUAUUGGAACUAUGCGAAUCCAUAUUAACAUCGAUCUCACUGUCGUCAAUUUUGGCGACGAUCGCCGUAAUAUUCUGUUGGAUAUUACAUCGCGAAACCGAGAUGAGGGAUGGUUUUGGUACAGCCGUGUCGGGAGGUGGAUUUACGAUAAUUGGUCUCUCGCGAGUAUGGAGGCUUUUACACUUAUGCAGAUUCGGUCUGUCCAUGCAACACGUUCGUGUUGCAACAACGGGGAUUACCGCUGUUUGUUGUGGAUUGCUCGCUAUUAUCGAUUCUUAUACCCUUUAUCAUAUGAUGCAGAAGAGCAGGCGGUACACCGUUAAAAGGCUCGAUAACGCACGGGGUUCCUAUGUGCACUCCACCUCGCCGUUCCUCAGCAGAAUCACCUUCCACUGGGUGACUGACCUGCUGUCACGCGGUUAUUACGCAUCACUCGAACUCCACGACCUUGGACAACUUCCGAACGAGGAGACAGCGAGAAACCAGUUUGAACGUUUCCGCGAUGUUUACGAAACCGAAAGGCUACGAAGUGGUGGACGGAAAGUGUCAUUGUGGAAAUGUUUCUGGAAACGGAUAUGGUUGGCUUUCGCGGCGGGUGGUGUCCUAAAAUUGUUAGGCGAUGCUACGACUUUGGUAGGUCCUAUGGCAAUUUCCAAAAUUAUCGAUUAUGCCUCGGAUCUUCAAAACAGCACCAUGCUGAACGAAAAUUUCUCUUGGAAGGGAGCCAUGACAUUUUCCGAAAUUUUAAAAAAUGGAUAUUUUUUGGGGAUCUUGGUUUUUCUUGCAACCAUUUUGCAAAGUACAAUAAGUCAAGCUUCUACUCAUGUGCUUUGCAUUGAAGGAAUACGUUUACGAACAGCUCUUCAGGCAUUAAUUUACGAUAAGGCUCUUCGAUUGUCCUCUUGGAGUAUUUCUGAGGAUGAAAAGCCAUCCGACAAAGAAAAGGAUCAACACUGCCAUCAACAAGCAAUUGACAUUGGAACUUUAACAAAUCUCAUGUCCGAAGACGCUUAUAACGUAAUGAGUUUCUUCUGGAUCGGUCAUUAUAUCUGGGCCAUUCCGUUAAAAAUUGCAGCUAUCAUCUUCCUCUUGUAUUUAAAAUUGGGUGUCAGUGCAAUUAUGGGAGCAAUUUGCUGCAUAUUGAUCGUCACACCGAUGCAACUCCUUCUGGGAAAACAAAUGUCCGAAAAUUCCAAGUCCAUAGCAGAAAAAAGUGAUGCACGACUACGUCUAGUUAAUGAAAUUCUGCAAGGAAUGAGACUCAUUAAGCUACGCGCCUGGGAAAACGUUUUCGAAGAUCGCAUACGCAGAACCCGGAAUCAGGAAUUAAAACUGCUGAACAAGGACUCUGUGUACUGGGCACUCAUCAACUUCCUCACGCACGCCUCUUCCGUUCUGAUGACUCUCUUCACAUUCGGAAUUUAUUUCUGGUUAGAGGAACGAAAUCUUGAUGCGGGAAACGUUUUUGCCAGUCUCGCGCUCUUUUCGCAGCUGACCGUGCCGCUCUUCAUCUUUCCGGCGAUAGUGCCGAUUAUCAUCAACGCUUUGACGUCUACAACGAGAUUAGAGGAAUUUCUUUUGCUACCAGAGAUCAUAAAUAUUCUCCCCGAAGCAAACGAUCGAAAACUGGUUGCAGAUACAUUGUCAAUGACAAAUUCAUACACCGAUAAUGACGUCGAAGUUAUUAACAGUGUGACAACUUUCGGAUCGCUCGAUAAUAUAGUAGAGGACGAGGAACAUCAACGAGAGAAUACUUUGCGCGAGUUUAGUUUGGCAAUUGACUCCUCGGUUGAUACGGUGUUUGAAAAAGACCCGGAAGUUCCGGAAUCUGUCCUCAGAAUUAGAUCGAGUACUUUCGCUUGGGGACCUGAUGAAAAUACUUUGAUGAUUAAUGCCCUUAAUUUUCCGCGAGGACAGCUGACUUUAAUAGUAGGAAAGACCGGAAGUGGGAAGACUUCUUUAUUGUUGGCGCUCUUAGGAGAGAUUCAAAGAAUCAACGGGAGCAUUGAAUGGACCAAGGGUCUAAAGAUCGCGUACGUGGCGCAACGACCUUGGCUCCAAAACGCGACCUUGAGGGACAAUAUUCUUUUCGGUUCAGCCUAUCGGUCACGAAGAUAUCGCAAUGUUUUGCGCGCGUGCGCACUUCAACCGGACGUAGAUAUACUUCCCGGUCGGGACUUAACCAGAAUUGGUGAACGGGGUAUCAAUUUGAGCGGUGGGCAAAAACAGAGGGUCACUAUAGCUCGAGCAUUUUACAGCGACGCUGAUGUCAUCCUUCUGGAUGAUCCAUUGUCAGCGUUAGAUCAACACGUUGGUCGACAGAUCUUUGAUCAUGGCAUGAGAAAACUUAUGUUGAGAAGCGGUCGAACUGUCAUUAUGGUCACUCACAGAUUAGACUUGUUACUCGCUGCUCAUCAGAUAAUUGUCAUGGAUAGCUGUCGAGUCCGUGCUGUCGGAACAAAAUCCAGUAUCGAGGAUAUGGAUCCUGAAUUGGCGGCAGAGUGGCGAAUCGCAGAUUCAAGACGGGAAAAUGAAAAUCGUUUUCAAAAAACUGCCAAGGAUAGAUGGUCCUUGAUUAGAUUAGUCUCUAGGAUUGGAAUUGGUAUAAUAAAAAGACACACCAGCGACGGAUCGUGGAUCAUCGAUCGCGAUGCCCAUGUGAAUCCACCAGCAUUUAUACCUUUAAGACUGCGUCGGACAACUUUAUCUGGAUCAAGAUACCUAAGUCAUGAUCUCACGGAUCUUCCGGUACCAACGGAAGAAUGGAACACCGCUAGAAAACGAUCGAAGACACAUCGCGACAGUGUCAGAUCGAUGAGUUUUCAAACGCAUAAUCGACGACCACCGGUUCUUCGACAAAGCAGUACACCGAUGAUUCUCGAGAAUCGAGAACACAUGACUUCAAGGAAAAGAAACAAUACUUAUGACAAUGGACAACCCAACAGUAUGCUAAAACAAUUCUUCUCUACAAGAUAUCCGGAAGAAAUGACGAUAAACAGAGAUAAAAGUGUCCUGCGUCGACUGAUACUAAAUUCCAACAAGAUAAGCCAACAACAGGAACGCGAUCACUUUCCGGUAAAACGAUUGCUAUCGAUAGAAUCGCGAGCCAGUGACGAUGUGGAUGACAUGGAAGAAACUCUGGAUGGUGAAAAUGCAAAUGAACAAAAUGAAUUUGAAAUUGAUGAUAAAAGUGGAAUGGUAACUCGAAUGACUUGGAUGGAAUAUCCAAAGUCUGGUGGAUGGAUGCCAGGAAUCAUUUAUAUUUUAGCAGCAUUAGCCUAUCAAAUUCUUCGCGUAUAUACCGAUCUCUGGUUGAGUCGAUGGACGGAUCAAAGUGUUCAUUCGUCGGCGAAUGAACGUCAGAAUACGGUGUUCUAUUUCAAGGUGUACAUCAUCAUAUCCGUGGGCUCUAUCCUUUUAUCAUUUUUGUACAAUGUGGCAGGUCAGUGGGCAGGUGCCAGAGCUAGAUGCAAAUUACACCGAGAAGCCAUCGCUGGACUUUUCGGUGCACCUAUCUCAUUUUUCGAUUGUAAUCCAAUCGGAAAGAUUCUGAACAGAUUUAGUGCUGAUAUGGGUGUCAUAGACAAGAAAAUGUCUACAUCAAUCAAGAGAUUGACAUUUUUCGUAUUACUUUGUGGCUCGGCGAUGAUCGUCAAUGUGAUUAUUUCACCAUGGUUCUUGAUCGCCGCUGUACCAACCAGCUGUGCUUAUUACGUGUUACAAAGAUUUUACAGGCGGAGCGCGAGACAAUUGCAACGACUAGACGGAAGCACGAGGGGACCAGUAGCAGCGCAUUUCUCAGAAACUUUGUCCGGGCUUCCGACACUGAGGGCAUUCAAGCAAGAAAGUCGUUUCAUGGAGGAAACAAUGAGACGCCUCGACAUAAACACCAAUGCGUUUCUCAUUUUAAACACUAGUAGCAGAUGGCUCGGCAUUGCAUUGGAUUAUUUAGGUGCUGUUAUUGUGGUAACAGCUAUUUUUACGGCCUUACUUUCUGCGGAAUUAUAUCCAAGCCGCGUAACACCCGCUCUAGUGGGUCUAGCAAUCAAUUAUACUCUCUUAGUACCGAUAUACUUGAAUUGGGUGGUCAAAUUUACUGCAGAGAUUGAAAUGUAUAUGGGAAGUGUGGUCCGAAUUUCCGCAUAUAAAAACGCGCAACCGGAGAACUAUCGUGAAAAUGAUUUACGAGUAGCCGAUGAUUGGCCCAACAAAGGGGAAAUUAUUUUCGAGAAUGUCUCUCUGCGUUACGAUAUAGACACAAAUCCGGUAAUCAUAGAUUUAUUUUUGAAAAUUCCAGCCGGACAAAAGUUGGGCAUUUGUGGGAGAACUGGUAGCGGAAAAUCAUCUACCGUGAUGGCUCUCUUCCAGUUAAUCGAAAUCAGUCAAGGACGCAUUUUAUUGGACGGGAUUGACAUUCGACAAGUGCCUCUUCGAAUAUUGCGAUCGCGGUUAUCGGCCAUACCGCAAGACGCAAUCAUGUUUAGCGGUACAAUUAGAGAAAAUUUAGAUCCACUUUCGGAACAUGAAGAUCAAGAAAUUUGGAAUGCCUUGGAACUCUCUCAAGUCAAAGAUAUCGUAGCUUCACACCCGGAAGGACUGAAUCUCGAGGUACGAGAAGGCGGUGAAAAUUUUUCAGCCGGUCAAUUACAACUACUUUGCAUGGCACGUACAAUUCUUCAACGAUCAAGUAUCAUUGUUCUCGACGAAGCGACCAGUGCACUCGAUGUAACCACUGAGAAAUCGCUUCUAAAAGCGGCUGCUGUCGCCUUCGAGAAUAAAACUGUGAUCACUAUUGCGCAUCGAGCGGCGACUUUGUUAGAUUGUGAUCGUGUUAUUGUUCUUGACGAAGGCAAAAUCAUUGAAGACGGUUCACCAGCAGAUUUAAUGCAACGACAAAACGGAAUCUUUUCCGCAAUGAUCAAAACGGUUAACCAAAGCGUCAAAAGAAUUUGCUUUGGACAUGCACUGGACGAAGAUAACAUGAGGUUUUCUUGCUUUCCGAGGGUUAUCCUUGGACAGAGGGGUAGUAUUAAUUUUACCCCUCUGUCAAGUCACGAGGAAUCUGAUAGCUUAAUAGGCGUUAUACGUCCAAUAGAUAGAUUACCCCCGCCUCCUCUAGUUGUAAAUGGCAAUGGGCCACCGUCCACAUCAUCCACAUCAUCUACAAAGUGUACAGCACCACUACCGCCUCAGGCCAAUUAUGUUAAUCUUUCCACGCAUCAAGAAUCUGAAUUAGAAAAUACGGCUGUCGUCAAAAAUGACGAACAACACGUGAACAAUCCGAGGGGUGGCAUCAUCGGAAGAACGCCGACGCCACCCUCGGCACCGACGCCUGUGUACGAAAAGGAUGCCAGGAGUGCGAGACAAAUUAAACAGGCUAUUUUGGAGAAUGAAUUCCUGGGUAAUCUUGAAGAGAAUCAAGUUGAGGCACUUGUCUCCGCAAUGUAUCCCAAGCAAAUUCCAGCUAAUACUCAAGUCAUCCGGGAAGGUGACAUAGGUUCUCAUUUAUAUGUAUCCGCGGAAGGAGAGUUUGACAUUUACGAAGGAAAUAAAUUUCAGAGAAGCUUCAAAGAAGGAGUUGCAUUUGGAGAGAUUGCUCUAUUGUACAAUACAAAAAGACUUCGAUCUAUCAGCGUAAAGAAAAGUGGAAAAGUAUGGGUACUGGACAGAUCAGUAUUUCUCACUAUAAUGAUGAGAACGGCUCAAGAACAACUGGACAGCAAUAUCCGUUUUCUCCAACGCGUUUCCGUUCUCCAAAAGCUUCCCGAACCUAAGGAUCACGUGCUCGCGAAGAUAUCUGACCUCAUAAGAAUAGAAUUCUACCCAGCUGAAGCGAAAAUAUUGCGGCAGGGCGAGAAAGGCGAAAAGUUUUACAUAAUUAGCGGUGGUAACGUACGAAUCACUAAAGAUACCGAAUACGGAGGCGAGGAGGAACUCGUGGUCCUCGGUAAAGGAGAUUAUUUUGGUGAAUUGGCUCUCUAUGAUGACAGGGGUGAACGACGUGCCAACGCGAUCGCGCUCGCACCUGGUGUCGAAUGUCUUACAUUGGAUAGAACGUCAUUUUUAAAUUAUCUGGGUAGUCUGGACGAAAUUCGUAAUAAGGAUUGGUUAGCAGAGUAUGAGAAGCAAAAGCGUUCAUUGACUCCAAAAAAGUGGACUAAUGAAUAUGCAAGUUUGACCUUAGCCGAUUUCGAGACGAGAGAAACGUUAGGAGUGGGUGGAUUUGGUCGUGUCGAACUGGUCACGCUUAAAUCCGACCCUAACAAGAGCUUUGCUUUGAAAAAACUGAAAAAGAAGGUCAUGGUCGAACAGCAACAACAAGUUCACGUGCUAAACGAGAAACACAUUAUGCAAGCGUGCGAUUCGGCAUUCAUAUGCAAACUUUAUCAGACAUACAAGGACAGCAAAUAUGUCUAUUUCUUGAUGGAAAUAUGUCUCGGGGGAGAUGUAUGGACGACCUUGCAAAGAAGACGUUAUUUUGAAGACGCCACUGCGCAAUUCAUGGUUGGUUGCGUGGUGGAAGCCCUCGACCAUCUUCAUUCGUUAAAUAUUAUUUAUCGAGAUCUCAAACCGGAGAAUCUUAUGCUCGACUCACGCGGCUACUUGAAAUUGGUGGACUUUGGUUUUAGUAAAAAAAUUGGUCCAGCCAAAACUUGGACGUUUGCCGGCACACCCGAAUACGUUGCACCGGAAAUAAUCUUAAAUAAAGGCCACGAUAGGGCGGUGGAUUAUUGGGCACUCGGAAUCUUAAUACACGAGCUUCUUAUCGGUAAGCCACCUUUCCGAGGAUCCGAUCAUAUGACAACUUAUAAUAAGAUUUUGAAAGGAAUUGAAAUGGUCGGUAUACCAAGCAUUGUCAAUAAAAACGCUAAUAAUCUCAUUAAGAAGCUACUUCGUUUAAGUCCCUCGGAACGAUUGGGUUACCAACGAAAUGGAAUACAAGACAUUCGUGAUCACAAAUGGUUUUCUGGAUUCAACUGGCAAGCACUUCAAAGAUUAGCUCUACCAGCCCCCAUUGUACCAACGGUGCGACAUCAACUCGACACGCGAAAUUUCGAAAGAUAUCCAUCAGAUCGUGACAUUCCACCAGAUGAAUUUUCCGGUUGGGACAUCGAAUUUUAAGAAUAAAUUCUAAGAAUAAAUUAUCGAUAUGAAGAGAACUAAAUAAUAGAUAUAAAAAUAAUAUGCUAUUUUGUUUGUAAAAGAAACUUUUUUAUAACCGUUCAUAAUAAUUAAUCAUAAUAACUGUUAUAUAAAAACCUUUUUAAUUAUUUUUAUUUUAAUUAUAACUUCACCAAAAAAGUAAAACGUAAUAAAGAUACAGAGAUAAUUAUCGAUAGAA